AUGCCCAUCGCGCGCGCGUCAUCGCGCCUCGUCCACGCCCGUCGAGACGCCGGCGCUCGAACGCGUGAUGCGUCGCGACGCGUUCGACGAACGCGACGCGCGACGCCGUCUCGAGACGAAGGGUCGUCCAUCGAAGAGCUCGUGGAUAAUCCAUCGCGAGAUGCAUCAAAGGACGCCGUGCCGAGCGUGAACAGCGCCGUGGGCGACGUGAUUAGCUCACCGCUGUUCUACGUCACGUUUGGCGUCGCGGGUGGGGUGGGGUUGGUGCGAGCUUUGGGGGAGAACGCGAGCUUUUUGCUGAGCGCGGCGCCGAUCGUCGCGCUCACGGCGAUAUCAAAGACGGAUUUCGGCGCCGAGUUGAUGGCGCGGAUCGAUCGCGAGCGGCCGGCGCUAGACGCGGAGAAGGCUAGAAAAGAGAUGGAGCGCGCGGAAGCGCGAGGGCGAAGCGCGUUCUACGGCGCCAAUAGGGUGAAAUUUUUGGGGGAUUUGGAGUACGAGUAUCCUGCGCAUUUGGACGGGACGCUAUGCGGCGACGUGGGAUUCGAUCCGUUGAAUCUGGCGGCGAAGAGCGAGGACUUGGAACGAUACAGAGAAUUAGAGCUCUUACACGGGCGUUGGGCGAUGUUGGGUGUCGUCGGCGCGGCGGUCCCUGAGACGCUCGAUCGGUUCGGCGUCGCCAACCUCGGCGAGCCCGUGUGGUGGAAGGUCGGCGCGGCGAAGAUGAACAGCGACAUCGCGCUGGAUUAUCUCGGUUUCAGUGGAUUUCACAUCGCGGGUGGUUCUGGGAUCGCCGUCAUUGCCGCUUGUCAGUUGGUAUUGAUGGGUGGUCCGGAGUACGCGAGAUACGUCGGCAUAAACUCCCUCGAGCCCGUCGGCGUGUAUCUGCCUGGGGAUAAAGACUAUCCGGGCGGAGCGCCUUUCGACCCCUUCAAAUUCUCAGACGACGCGGAGGAGUUUGAAAAGCAAAAAGUGAUGGAGAUCAAGCACUGCCGACUUGCGAUGAUAGCCGCGCUUGGAUGCGCAAUUCAAGCCAUCGUCACUCGCCAAGGACCGAUAGAAAAUCUCGCCAGCGUGUUCGGGGUCAACUAG